AUGACAACAAGAGGACGACGACGACAAGAGGACGACGACGACAAGAGGACGACGACAACAAAGGACGACGACGAUGACGACGACAAGAGGACGAUGACAACAGGAGGACGACGACGACAGAGACGACGACGACGGACGAUGACAACAAGAGGACGACGACGACAAGAGGACGACGACAACAAGAGGACGACGACAACAGAGGACGACGACAACAAGGACGACGACAAGACGACGACGAGGACGACGACGAGAGGACGACGACGACAAGAGGACGACGACAAGAGGACGAUGACAACAAGAGGACGACGACAACAAGAGGACGAUGACAACAAGAGGACGACGACAAGAGGACGACGACAAGAACGACACAAGAGGACGACCACAACAAGAGGACGACGACAACAGAGGACGACGACAACAAGAGGACGACGACAAGAGGACGACAACAAGAGGACGACGACAAGAGGACGACGACAAGAGGACGACAACAAGAGGACGACAACAAGAGGACGACGACAACAACGACGACAACAAGAGGACGACGACAACAAGAGGACGACAACAAGAGGACGACGACAACAAGAGGACGACGACAACGACAGACGACGACAAGAGGACGAUGACAAGAGGACGACGACAACAAGAGGACGAUGA